GAAAAUAAGAUCCCACAGGUGCUUCUGGCUUGAUCUUUGUUUUUAUUACAAAAUGGUUUUGUGAUUUCUGGCUUUUCUAUCAUAUGAAAGGUUGGCUCGUUGUGCACUUUGGUCGCGGAGAAAUUCGCCUCCGAGGCUCCCAAGCUUUUACAAGGAAGAGGUUUGAGUCGACUUUUGGUAAUGAGCUACAAAUCCAUGUCCGAGCUUUGUCUGAUGGAAAAAUGUGUGUAGCUCGCUGGAAUUUUGAUCGACACUUGCAACCUUGACUUGUCCAUUGGCCAGUGCUCAAGCAGAGACGUCGCCAUGGCAACUCUGCUCUUGAAUGGGGCGGGACGCUAUGGUCGCAAUGGUUUCUUCAAAAUGCUCCGGAAGAGAGUAUCAGAUUUGUCCGUGUUGAGCCCCAGGGAGAUUCUCAACAAACAGAUCGAAGUCUGGACUUCGGCAGCAGGUAGCUCGGGAAGAAUAGCAAGGAUCGGGAUGUGCUCCAUGGGCAUUGCUUUGAGCAGGUUCCUCACUGUUGAAACGGGAGUUUCCGACGAGCUCGUCCACCUCCAAAGUAACUUUUUCGGUUCUUGUUCUUUUGGUUUCAAGGGUGACAUGAAAACGUUCAACAGGAUCCAAAAAACUUGACAUCUUGCUGGUUCUUACGAGCUACUAUGACAAAUCCGACAAGUUUAAGCGCGAGCUUCUCAUAGCCACUGAGGGCGAAGGACUGCUCCAAAC